GCUCCCGCUUCCGGUGUGGUGUCAUGGCGGGCCCUGGGCGCUGAUGGCUGCGGGCGGCUGAGGGCCCGGAGCGCGGCAGGGAUACGGAGACCCUCCCCUCGCCCGGCGCCUCGCCUGCCGCCCUCCCUGCGGGGAUCCGCCCCCCUCCCUGGCCGGGCAGGCGGGGGGGAGAUGGCGGCCCACAAACCGGUGGAGUGGGUGCAGGCCGUGGUGAACCGCUUCGAUGAGCAGCUUCCCAUAAAGGCUGGCCAGCAGAAUACCCACACCAAAGUCAGUACGGAGCACAAUAAGGAAUGUCUCAUAAACAUUUCCAAGUACAAGUUUUCCCUGGUCAUCAGUGGUCUCACCAAUAUCUUAAAAAAUGUUAAUAACAUGAGAAUAUUUGGAGAAACUGCUGAAAAGAAUUUAUAUCUAUCUCAGCUGAUUAUCUUGGAUACACUGGAAAAAUGUCUGGCAGGGCAACCAAAGGAUACCAUGCGACUAGACGAGACUAUGCUGGUAAAACAGUUGCUGCCAGAAAUCUGCCACUUCAUCCACACUUACCGUGAAGGGAACCAGCAUGCAGCUGAACUACGUAAUUCUGCCUCUGGGGUUCUUUUUUCUCUUAGCUGCAAUAACUUUAAUGCUGUGUUCAGCCGCAUUUCCACCAGAUUACAGGAACUGACUGUUUGUUCAGAAGAUAAUGCUGAUGUUCAUGAUAUUGAACUUUUACAGUACAUCAGUGUGGAUUGUUCAAAACUAAAACGACUUUUGCAAGAGACUGUAUUCAAGUUUAAAGCCCUUAAGAAAGUAGCUCAGUUGGCUGUUAUCAACAGUCUUGAAAAGGCAUUUUGGAACUGGGUGGAAAACUACCCUGAUGAAUUCACAAAGCUGUAUCAAACACCGCAGACUGAUAUGGCUGAUUGUGCAGAGAAGUUGUUUGACUUAGUGGAUGGCUUUGCUGAAAGCACAAAACGUAAAGCAGCAGUUUGGCCACUGCAAAUCAUACUCCUGGUCCUGUGUCCAGAGAUAAUCCAAGAUAUAGCAAAGGAUGUGGUAGAGGAGACUAAAAUGAACAAGAAACUGUUUCUGGACAAUCUCAGGAAAGCACUUGCAGGCCACAGUGGGAGCAGACAGCUGACUGAAAGUGCUGCUAUUGCUUGUGUUAAACUGUGCAAAGCAUCUACCUACAUCAACUGGGAAGAUAAUUCUGUCAUUUUCCUACUAGUGCAGUCCAUGGUAGUAGAUCUUAAGAAUUUGCUGUUUAAUCCAAGCAAACCUUUUUCAAGAGGCAAUCAAAAUGCAGAUGUAGACCUUAUGAUUGACUGCUUAGUUUCCUGCUUCCGCAUAAACCCUCAUAAUAACCAACACUUUAAGAUCUGCUUGGCGCAGAAUUCCCCAUCAACAUUUCAUUAUGUGCUGGUAAAUUCACUCCACCGAAUAAUCACAAAUUCUGCGUUGGACUGGUGGCCCAAGAUUGAUGCUGUGUACUGCCACUCCAUGGAGCUCCGCAGCAUGUUCAGUGAGACGCUUCACAAAGCUAUUCAAGGCUGUGGGGCACAUCCAGCAAUUCGCAUGACUCCGAGUCUUACAUUUAAGGAGAAAAUGACAAGCCUUAAAUUUAAAGAAAAACCUACUGAUAUGGAAACCAGAAGCUACAAGUUCUUGCUGUUGUCUUUGGUAAAACUGAUCCAUGCUGAUCCAAAGCUUUUGCUGUGUAACCCAAGAAAGCAAGGUCCUGAGACACAAGGUAGCACGGCUGAAUUAAUUACAGGUCUUGUACAACUUGUUCCGCAGUCCAGCAUGCCAGAUAUAGCACAAGAAGCCAUGGAGGCCUUGCUAGUUCUUCACCAGUUAGACAGCAUUGACUUGUGGAAUCCUGACGCACCUAUAGAAACAUUCUGGGAAAUUAGUUCACAAAUGCUUUUUUAUAUCUGCAAGAAACUGACUAGUCAUCAGAUGCUCAGCAGUACAGAAAUCCUCAAGUGGCUACGAGAGAUUCUCAUCUGUAGGAAUAAAUUUCUUCUAAAAAACAAACAAUCAGAUAGGAGUUCCUGCCAUUUUCUCUUCCUCUAUGAUGUUUCUGGAGGUGGAACUAGUCAAAUUUCUCUUGACCAUGAAGAAAUGAUACGCUGUACUCCAGGAGCUACCCUCAGGAAAGGGAAAGGGAAUUCUUCCAUUGAAAGUGCGGCAGGAUGCAGUGGAACGCCAAUUUGCCGCCAAGCCCAAACAAAAUUGGAAGUCGCCUUAUACAUGUUUUUGUGGAGCCCAGAUAUUGAGGCAGUCCUUGUUGCAAUGUCUUGUUUCCGUCACCUCUGUGAGGAAGCAGAUAUCAGAUGUGGAGUAGAUGAAGUCUCAGUGCAUAAUUUUUUGCCAAACUACAAUACUUUCAUGGAGUUUGCAUCUGUUAGCAAUAUGAUGUCAACAGGGAGAGCAGCUCUUCAGAAAAGAGUGAUGGCAUUACUAAGACGCAUUGAACAUCCAACUGCGGGCAACACAGAGGCCUGGGAGGAUACACAUGCAAAAUGGGAACAAGCUACCAAACUAAUCCUUAACUAUCCAAAGACCAAAAUGGAAGAUGGGCAGGUUACUGAAAGCCUUCAUAAGACAAUUGUUAAGAGGCGAAUGUCGCAUGUUAGUGGGGGAGGCUCCAUAGACUUAUCUGACACAGAUUCUCUUCAAGAGUGGAUCAACAUGACGGGAUUCUUAUGUGCCCUUGGAGGAGUGUGCCUGCAGCAUCGUAGCAACGCAGGGUUAGCAACCUACAGCCCACCUAUGGGCCCUGUCAAUGAGCGUAAGGGCUCCAUGAUAUCGAUGGUGUCCACGGAGGGAAAUGCAGAGACUCCUGUUAGCAAAUUUAUUGAUCGAUUAUUGACUCUGAUGGUCUGUAACCAUGAGAAAGUGGGACUUCAGAUACGGACUAAUAUUAAAGAUCUGGUGGGUUUGGAGUUGAGUCCAGCACUUUAUCCAAUGCUGUUUAACAAAUUGAAGAAUACCAUCAGCAAGUUUUUUGAUUCUCAAGGACAGGUUUUGCUCACUGAGACCAACACACAAUUUGUAGAGCAAACCAUUGCUAUAAUGAAGAAUUUGCUUGACAAUCAUACAGAAGGGAGCUCAGAACAUCUUGGACAAGCUAGUAUUGAGACAAUGAUGCUAAAUCUGGUUAGGUAUGUGCGUGUCCUUGGAAAUUUGGUACAUGCAAUUCAAAUAAAAACUAAGCUUUGUCAGUUAGUAGAAGUAAUGAUGGAAAGGAGAGAUGACCUUUCAUUUUGCCAAGAAAUGAAAUUUAGGAACAAAAUGGUGGAAUACUUGACAGACUGGGUUAUGGGAACAUCUAAUCAAGCAACAGAUGAGGAUGUGAAAUGUCUGACAAGAGAUUUGGACCAAGCAAGUAUGGAAGCAGUGGUCUCUCUUCUUGCUGGACUUCCACUACAGCCUGAAGAAGGAGAUGGUGUUGAGUUGAUGGAAGCAAAAUCUCAGUUAUUUCUUAAAUACUUCACACUGUUUAUGAACCUUCUGAAUGACUGUAGUGAAGUUGAAGACGAAAGUGCACAAACAGGUGGCAGGAAACGUGGAAUGUCUCGAAGACUAGCUUCACUACGGCACUGCACUGUUCUUGCUAUGUCAAAUUUGCUCAAUGCAAAUGUGGACAGUGGUCUAAUGCACUCAAUAGGCUUGGGCUAUCAUAAAGACCUCCAAACAAGAGCUACGUUUAUGGAAGUCCUCACCAAAAUUCUGCAGCAGGGAACAGAAUUUGAUACGUUAGCAGAAACAGUGCUAGCAGAUCGGUUUGAGAGAUUGGUGGAGUUGGUUACAAUGAUGGGUGAUCAGGGGGAGCUUCCUAUUGCUAUGGCUUUAGCCAAUGUGGUGCCUUGUUCUCAGUGGGAUGAGCUAGCUCGUGUCCUGGUCACGCUCUUUGAUUCCCGGCACUUGCUCUACCAGCUACUCUGGAAUAUGUUUUCAAAGGAAGUUGAACUAGCAGAUUCCAUGCAGACACUCUUCCGAGGAAACAGCUUAGCCAGUAAAAUAAUGACUUUCUGUUUUAAGGUAUAUGGUGCCACAUAUUUGCAGAAGCUUUUGGAACCUUUAUUAAGGACUGUGAUCACAUCCUCUGAGUGGCAGCAUGUUAGCUUUGAGGUGGAUCCAACAAGGCUGGAGCCUACGGAAAGUCUUGAAGAGAACCAGCGGAGUCUUUUGCAAAUGACAGAAAAAUUUUUUCAUGCAAUCAUUAAUUCUUCUUCGGAGUUCCCACCACAACUUCGCAGUGUGUGCCAUUGUUUAUACCAGGCAACUUGCCACUCUCUACUGAAUAAAGCUACCGUAAAAGAAAAAAAGGAAAACAAAAAAUCAGUUGUUAGUCAGCGAUUUCCUCAGAACAGCAUUGGAGCGGUUGGAAGUGCAAUGUUCCUUCGGUUCAUCAAUCCUGCGAUUGUCUCCCCUUACGAGGCAGGGAUUUUAGAUAAGAAGCCUCCACCAAGAAUUGAAAGGGGAUUGAAACUGAUGUCAAAGAUACUUCAGAGUAUUGCCAACCAUGUCCUGUUUACAAAAGAAGAACAUAUGCGGCCUUUUAAUGAUUUUGUAAAAAGCAAUUUUGAUGCAGCACGAAGGUUUUUCCUUGAUAUUGCAUCCGAUUGCCCAGCUAGUGACACUGUCAAUCACAGCCUGUCCUUCAUCAGCGAUGGCAAUGUACUUGCUUUGCACCGGUUGCUGUGGAACAAUCAGGAGAAAAUUGGCCAGUACCUUUCCAGCAACAGGGACCACAAAGCUGUUGGAAGACGACCUUUUGACAAGAUGGCUACUCUUCUUGCUUAUCUUGGUCCUCCUGAGCACAAACCUGUGGCAGAUACCCAUUGGUCCAGUUUAAAUCUCACUAGUUCCAAAUUUGAAGAAUUUAUGACAAGGCAUCAGGUACAUGAAAAAGAGGAGUUCAAAGCACUGAAAACAUUAAAUAUUUUCUACCAAGCUGGGACAUCAAAAGCUGGCAAUCCUGUUUUCUACUACAUUGCUCGGCGAUUCAAGACUGGUCAGAUCAAUGGAGAUUUAUUGAUCUACCAUGUGCUCCUAACUCUGAAGCCAUACUAUGCAAAGCCAUAUGAAAUUGUAGUGGACCUCACACAUGCUGGCCCCAGCAAUCGCUUUAAAACAGACUUUCUUUCUAAAUGGUUUGUAGUUUUUCCAGGCUUUGCUUAUGAAAAUGUCUCAGCGGUUUUUAUUUAUAACUGUAACUCUUGGGUCAGAGAAUAUACCAAAUACCAUGAAAGGCUUCUGACGGGCUUGAAAGGAAGCAAAAGGCUGAUUUUCAUAGACUCUCCAGGGAAGCUGGCAGAGCACAUUGAACAUGACCAGCAGAAGCUCCCAGCAGCUACCUUAGCUUUGGAGGAGGACUUGAAAGUAUUUCACAAUGCUCUCAAACUGGCUCAUAAAGACACCAAAGUUUCUAUUAAAGUUGGGUCGACAGCUGUGCAGGUGACGUCAGCAGAACGAACAAGAGUCCUGGGACAAACAGUGUUUUUAAAUGAUAUAUACUAUGCCUCUGAAAUUGAGGAGAUAUGUCUUGUUGAUGAGAACCAGUUUACCUUAACCAUUGCCAACCAAGGCACACCACUCACCUUCAUGCAUCAGGAGUGUGAAGCCAUUGUUCGGUCCAUCAUUCAUAUACGGACACGGUGGGAGCUGUCGCAGCCAGACUCCAUCCCACAGCACACUAAAAUCCGUCCUAAGGAUGUCCCUGGAACACUGCUGAACAUAGCACUGCUCAACCUGGGAAGCUCAGACCCCAGUUUGCGGUCUGCUGCCUAUAAUCUUCUAUGUGCCUUAACCUGUACCUUUAAUUUAAAGAUUGAGGGCCAGUUACUGGAAACUUCAGGUCUGUGUAUUCCUGCCAACAACACGCUAUUUAUUGUAUCUAUUAGUAAGACUCUUGCAGCUAACGAACCACACCUUACCUUAGAGUUCUUGGAAGAGUGUAUUUCUGGAUUUAGCAAAUCUAGUAUUGAACUGAAACAUCUUUGUCUGGAGUAUAUGACCCCCUGGCUGUCCAAUCUGGUCCGAUUCUGUAAACACAAUGAUGAUGCCAAGCGCCAGCGAGUCACUGCUAUUCUUGAUAAGCUUAUAACAAUGACGAUAAAUGAAAAACAGAUGUAUCCUUCCAUUCAGGCUAAGAUAUGGGGAAGUCUUGGACAGAUAACAGAUCUCCUUGACGUAGUGCUGGACAGUUUCAUCAAAACUAGUGCCACAGGAGGCUUAGGAUCCAUAAAAGCUGAGGUUAUGGCAGACACAGCGGUAGCACUUGCUUCUGGAAACGUAAAACUGGUUUCAAGCAAAGUGAUUGGAAGGAUGUGCAAAAUAAUCGACAAGACUUGUUUGUCUCCAACCCCUACACUGGAGCAGCACCUGAUGUGGGAUGAUAUUGCUAUUUUAGCACGUUAUAUGCUGAUGCUCUCCUUUAACAAUUCUUUGGAUGUGGCAGCACAUCUCCCCUACCUCUUCCAUGUAGUUACCUUAUUGGUAGCCACUGGUCCCCUUUCUCUCAGAGCUUCCACUCACGGUCUAGUCAUCAACAUCAUUCAUUCUCUUUGCACUUGUUCACAGCUUCACUUUAGCGAGGAGACCAAGCAAGUUUUAAGACUGAGCUUGACCGAGUUCUCUCUGCCAAAAUUUUAUUUGCUGUUUGGAAUCAGCAAAGUGAAAUCGGCUGCAGUCAUUGCGUUCCGAUCCAGCUAUCGCGACAGGUCGUUUUCACCUGGUUCCUAUGAAAGGGAGACUUUUGCACUGACUUCAUUGGAAACUGUUACUGAAGCUUUGUUGGAGAUCAUGGAGGCUUGUAUGAGGGAUAUUCCAACAUGCAAGUGGCUGGACCAGUGGACUGAACUAGCUCAAAAGUUUGCAUUCCAAUAUAACCCAUCCCUGCAGCCAAGAGCUCUCGUUGUCUUUGGCUGUAUAAGUAAGCGUGUGUCUCAUGGACAAAUAAAACAAAUAAUCCGAAUUCUUAGCAAGGGACUUGAGAGCUGUUUAAAAGGUCCUGAUAAUUACAAUAGCCAAGUUCUAAUCGAAGCUACGGUUAUAGCACUCACCAAGCUGCAGCCUCUUCUUAAUAAGGACUCUCCUAUGCACAAGGCGCUCUUUUGGGUAGCUAUGGCAGUGCUGCAGCUAGAUGAAGUCAACUUGUACUCGGCAGGUACAGCACUGCUCGAACAGAACCUGCAUACCUUGGAUAGCCUCCGAGUAUUCAAUGAUAAGAGCCCAGAAGAGGUGUUUAUGGAGAUCAGGAGACCACUCGAAUGGCACUGCAAGCAGAUGGAUCAUUUUGUUGGGCUGAAUUUCAACUCCAACUUUAACUUUGCACUAGUAGGACACCUCCUGAAAGGGUACAGGCAUCCUUCUCCUACCACUGUAGCAAGAACAGUAAGGAUUUUACAUACACUACUAGCUCUAGUUAACAAACAUAGGAACUGUGACAAGUUUGAAGUGAACACCCAGAGCGUGGCUUACCUAGCAGCUUUGCUAACAGUGUCUGAGGAAGUUCGAAGUCGCUGCAGCCUAAAACAUAGGAAGUCUCUCUUGUUGACAGACGUUUCAAUGGAAAAUGUUCCUAUGGAUACAUAUCCCAUACAUCACAGUGACACUAGCUAUAGGACACUAAAGGAAAAUCAACCAUGGUCAUCACCAAAGGGGUCAGACAGACAUCUGGCUGCCAGUUACCCAACAGUGGGACAGAUAAGCCCUCGAACACGAAAAUCCAUGAGUUUGGAUAUGGGGCAGCCUUCACAAGCGAACACUAAAAAGCUUCUAGGUACAAGGAAAAGUUUUGACCAUUUGAUAUCGGACACAAAGGCUCCUAAAAGGCAAGACAUGGAAUCUGGAAUCACAACGCCUCCCAAAAUGAGGAGAGUAGCCGAAAAUGAUUAUGAAAUGGAAACCCAGAGAAUAUCACCACAGCAACACCCACAUCUUCGAAAAGUUUCUGUUUCUGAGUCAAAUGUGCUCCUAGAUGAAGAAGUUCUGACUGACCCAAAAAUUCAAGCACUGCUGCUUACAGUUCUUGCAACAUUAGUGAAGUACACUACUGAUGAGUUUGACCAGCGGAUUCUGUAUGAGUAUUUAGCAGAAGCCAGUGUUGUCUUCCCAAAGGUCUUCCCUGUUGUGCAUAAUUUAUUGGAUUCCAAGAUCAAUACACUUUUAUCGCUGUGCCAGGAUCCAAAUUUGUUGAAUCCAAUUCAUGGGAUUGUUCAAAGUGUCGUCUACCAUGAAGAGUCUCCACCCCAGUACCAAACUUCUUAUCUACAGAGUUUUGGAUUUAAUGGGUUAUGGAGGUUUGCUGGCCCAUUUUCUAAGCAAACACAAAUCCCUGACUAUGCUGAGCUCAUAGUGAAGUUUCUUGAUGCCUUGAUUGACACGUAUUUGCCUGGAAUUGAUGAGGAAACCAGUGAAGAAUCUCUCCUGACGCCCACAUCUCCAUAUCCUCCCGCAGUGCAGAGCCAGCUCAGCAUUACUGCCAACCUUAACCUUUCCAAUUCCAUGACCUCGCUUGCGACUUCCCAACACUCCCCAGGGAUCGACAAGGAGAACGUAGAGCUUUCGCCCACCGCCGGACACUCCAACAGUGGGAGGAUGCGCCACGGCUCCGCGAGCCAAGUGCAAAAGCAGCGCAGCGCUGGCAGUUUCAAACGUCACAGCAUCAAAAAGAUUGUGUGAUUACUUCUUUCUAAUUUUUUUCUUUAUUUUCUUUUCUUUUGGAAACUGACUGACACAUGUGGGCCCUCACAAAGGGCCAUCCACCGGUUGUGAUGCUGCACUUGAUUUCAAAGUUCCCAUCCUGUCAGCCGUGUUGCCAGAUGAUCAACUCUUGAAACAUUGCCUGAAUUUUAAUGCCUUCAUGUCUUUCCUUCUGUUCUUGAUGUAAGCCGGUGUUUCAGAACUGCCCGUAUAGAUCCUGACGGACUUUGUAGCCGGAGGAGGUGUGGAGUUCUGUAACACUGCAGAACCGUAUCGUGUCCAAAUACGAAAGCCAUUUCUCAUACAGUUCUGCCGUGCUUCUGUUAUCUGCCUUGUUUCUUCUCUAAAGGAAAGUGUUCAUCCUUACUCCUGUUUGCACACUUUUCAAGGUAGUGGCUUUAUGAGCCAGGGGAAGUUGCUAUAAUCCUGGUUUUAGUUCAAACAUGUAAGAUUUUUAGCUGUGGACUUUUUUUUACCAUACUUCAAAGAAACUUACAAUAGCCGCAGUACAAUGAGCUUAACCAGAGCAGUACAUUAGAUUAAAUUCCUAGUAAUUAGCAAUAAAUGUGAGAGGACAAGGAGGCUGCACGAGUCUCUUCAUUCCCCAGACCAUAGCUUCACAUACCUGGACUGUGUACGGACCAGACUGGACAAACUGGCUUUUUUCCAAAGCGAGUUUUUUUUUGUUGGGUUGUUUUGGGUUGGGUUUUUUUUUUUUUUUUUUGGCUGUACUUUAACUGCACUAAAAAAGGUUGUAUGGUGGAAAGAAAAUCAUUGAGAACUGUUGUGCUGUCAUUGUAGCAGUGUUGAAAAUCUAUCGCUUCUUUCUUCCAUUUAGCAUAAACUUUAGUUUUGCCCUUCCCAACAAUACGCACCUUUGAGAAAUUCCUGGCAGAGAACCAGUGGGGUCUGGAGGGGGAAAUGGAACGCGUUAACGUCCAGCUCUGGGGGACUGUGCUCACAAAGCUGCUUUCGUGCUGCCCAAGCAGUGAUACAAAAACAGCAAUGUCUGCUGAAGGUACAUGAAUGUAACAAUAACUGACACUGUCAAAUCCAGGUUAGGUGUGAAUGUUUGCAGUGCAAUUCCUGGGAUCAGUACAGACAUCUGCAGUCCAGCCCGUCCUGCAGAACGUUUGAGGGGUUCUAGAUCGUGAGGGUCCGUACAUGGGGGUUACACAAAACUGAAGUUGCUGUCACUGUGAAAGACUUGUCAGCUACAGUCGUAUGUCGGCGAUGGACGACUGUGAUAACGUGCUGCUAUGUUGAUGACGCGUGAAGGCGCAGCGCUGGGUGCUGCGCGGGCUGAAAGCGUGCAGAGCGCUUGGCCGCGGAGGCGAGCGGAGGUUCUGGUGGAAGGGCCUGUCGUUGGGUGCUCGUUGGAGGGCUGCGGCUAUCUCCUGCUGAGGAACAGCCACGCUUCCCAGUUUCAGGUCCCUGUUGUAUGUUAGAAAUUAACAAUCCAUAAGUGGCUUUAAGGAAAAGCAAGUAUAUCCACUAUAUAAAAUAAAAUCCUCUAGUGCAAUUUUGUUAGUGGCUUUCAGUAAAUCAAACUCCACAGCUAAAUUACUAGAGAAUGGUACAGUUAAGUGUUUGGAUUUUAUUGAUAUAGCACAUAACUCACAUGUAUCCACACAGUAACUAUGUAACAUUUAUGUAAAUAAAAAUAUCUUUAUUGUAUUGAUUCAUAAAAUAACAAUUUAAUUUCUUUUAAUUUGUUUACAGUCCUGGAAAGACUAUGAACACUGACUUAAUAUGCAAGUAGUUUUGUCAAAACUAAAGGAAACCUUAGAAUUAGCAGUCUUGAAAUAGACACGUUAGAAAAUGGGAAGAAUUGUGCAAUUAACCAAAUUUUUUUAUUCUUGGCUAUGUAGGAGCUGCAGUGAAGUGUGGUUACUGAACUGAUACACAACUAUGAACGGGAUUGUGAGGCUAGAACUGAGUUUAGGAAUAGAGCAGUGACUCAUGCCAUGUCCUAAGCUGCUCCUCAUGUAAAACUCUGGGAGUUGUCGAUUUAAAAACCGUUCUCAUCUCAUAUGUUGAAUUGCGAAGAGCCACCCUCAGCAUUGCUGCCAGUCUGUGCUUGGUUGUGCUGAACUGAGCUAAUUUCAGCCUUUUCCUUUUUGUUGAAGACAAUGAAAGGUAGAGGCCUGAAGGAUUUGUAGGUAGGAGGAAAAAGAAUCUCUUGUAAAGGUAAUUUGCCAUUAGAGAAACAUAAUUUUCAGUUGUUUCUCCUACGAGCAGAUUUUCUUUCAACAGAAACAGUAAUUCCAGAUGAACCACCAAAUCAGUUUUGUUUGGACUGGGUGCAUUUGAGAGCAACUCUUUUUCAGUAUUUUGCAUUGUCUGUAUUUAAAAGGCGUCCCUAAAUUAGAAUUAAUGCAUUCUUUGAAAUACAUAUAAUGUGAAAUCAAAACAGACAGUGACUAACGUUACCUUUCAUGUGAGAACUAGAACUACUCCAGGCUCUCAGUCCCAGCUGAAAAAGACAGUAUCUUCAUAAAGUCAACAAAAUUUAAUUUAUUCUGUUUCCUGGAAGGAGGGGGAGUCUUUCGGUGUGUUCACUGCAUGGUUCAGUGAGGACCUGAACUUCCUUAGAGCAGGGGUGUCAAACACGUCGGGUAACGGGGGCCGACACUGGGCGUGAUGGCAGUCGAUGGGCACAGAUGGGCGCCCCGAUACACAGGGACGUUGUCUCCCACCGUCAGUCACUGGGAAGCUUCUGCUUAGAUCGUGGGGGGAACCAUGGCCUUUAAAGAUUAAACUCCUAUUAGUAAUUAGUUGUUCAGUGCCUUACUGUCACAUUCAGCACUUGGCCUGCUCCCUGUAACAGCCGCUGCUGUUAUUUUGCCUUUUGGUUUUCUUUGUUACUUGCUCUUCCUGUUGUGGAUACUCUCUGUGCUGCUCCGUUCCAUUCCUGUGAGCGCCGCGCUCGGCGCCCACUCCAGCCAUCUUGCGUGCUCUCCUCACCCGUUACUCCAUUUGUGCUCUGCGGGAUCAGCAGGUAGCUGCUGGUGGUGAUGUGGCCUCGAAACCUGAUCUAAUGAGCAGCAGACAGAUCUAAGAGUUCCCACCUUUGAGUCGCUGCUUCAGGCAGCCCGCAGACUACCGGGCAGCCGCUGCUGCGUGGGCUACUCAAGUCACUUCUUGAAGGCUGGUUCUGCAGCCGUGGAGUCUGUGCACUCCAGAAAGAAAACUCAGAUUCAGAAAAAAUCCAAUUUUAACAUGUGGACCAUUAACUACAUCACAGGGACUGUAUGUUUGACACCCCUGUUUUAGAACACGUUAUCCAUUACACACUAACUACAGUUAAGUACUGUAAAGAUGAUUAACGUUUUAUGUUCGUAUUUUCCCUGACUUAAAGAUAAUUCAGUAGUAUUUGAAUAGUGCAUAACCUACCUGUUAAUUAUGCCAAUGUUUCUGCUUUAAUGUGCAUGAGGUUUCCAAGAACAGGAAACAUUUCAAAUAAGUAUUGUGGACUGAGCACCUGGGAGCGUUCCAGUGCUCUAUUCCUAACUGGGUUGUAGGUUUUAGGGCUUUUUCUGUUUCAUUUAAGGUUCAUUUUUUUCAAAUGUAAUGAAGCACGUCUUAUUGUUAUGCAACAAAUUUACCACAGAAAGUCACUUCUAGUGUUGGUCCCACAAUUUUUUUUUAAUGCAGUAUAUUCACCUGUAAAUAGUUUUUGUGUAAAAUUUGACAGAAAAGUAUAUUUACUACACUGUAAAUACAUGUGACAAUAUAUUGUAUUAUUUUGCUUUUUUUGUAAAGCAGUUAGUUGCUGUAUAUGUAUAACAUAAAAAUUUGAUUAUUCUAGUGUUAGUAACUGUUAACUACUACUACUCCUUCCUGCUGUUGCGUUAUGUCAUUUAAAAAAAUGCUGUGUACUAUAAACUUACACUGUGUAUGGUAUCUUACUGUUUCCAUUCGGGCCUCGACUUUGAAAAUGUUUCCUUGAUCCACAAUCCUGUUCAUAUUGUAAGCAAGUGUGCGACAGCUGGCAAGAGCCCGGCCGAUCCAAACACAGUGGUAACUGUAGGUAAAAAUGGUAGAAACCUGGUUUCGGAUAAUUAUUGUUCACCCCAUUUUCCCCUCAUGUAUGUACUUUCCCUUUUUUUUUUUUUUUUUUUUUUUAAGUAAAAUGUAAAUUCAACCUGCUUGAAGUUGUUUGAAGGUCAUUCACUUGUGCUGCGGGACGACGUUGGUGUGCUCUGAAAUCCUUUUUCUUGUGACAGCGAGGUUGGGACAGGUUCUUUGGGCUGGACCAAGGGCCCCAUUGCAGCACGCACUGGAUCAGCCCUAGUCCCAGACCUGGAAACCCACUUUCUCUGGGGAAAAUCAGAUUCCAGUCGAGAUCCAGUGUCUCGGAUUUGUCUUUCCAGAGCACGCUGCUUCUAUGUGUGUGUGAUCCUGCACAGUUCUAAAUAAUGGCAAAACUGAUUGCCUGUGGAUAACUGAGGACAGAACGAAGCCCAUUGUCAUAAAUUCCAUGUCACUUCAAUAAGAUUAUCAUAAUUGAAUAAUAAAUCAGAGUAUUUCUUUUUAAAAUGUAAAUUUAAUAUUUUAAUAAAACAGCUGCUUGGUCUUCAAAGAACAUUUCAGUAUAAUUUGUCUAUUUGAGCUUUUCUAGCUUGGAAGCUUGAAGUUUCAACUGUCACGCAACUUUUAUGACAAAUGAUUAAUCAAAUCUAUUUUUCUUUUAGGGGAAUAUAUUACUUUCCUAUUAAAAAUGUAUAAGUACUUAUAUUCUGGCUUUGUGAACCGUAAAAGGAUGUAAAAACACAUUAAAGCGUGACUGCAUUGA